AUGUUCAACUCUUCAAACCGAGAUAACGAUCGGGAUCCCUCCUCAUCUCAGCAAGGACCAACCGCCUCCAGCCCUGUAAUGUCAUCGACACCGGAUCGAGCUGUACAUUUCAAACCACCCACACCACCUCCUCACGAUAACCAAGUCUCUCAAUCGCGCGAGAAUCUAGUAGACCAAAGUCUAUACAACCGUUCACCAGGGCCACAGCAAGCGUCCAGCCCCUAUCCACCCCCUUCUCAACAACCCUACAACAACAACAACUAUUACAAUGGAUAUUAUCCUCAACAACAACCUGGCUAUUAUUACCCACCACCCCAUCAAGCUGUUCCUGUGAAUGUGCAAGUGGCGACAACACGACAAUGGCCAGCAGUAUUCACCUACAUCACCGCGCUUGGUAUGCUUGCCGUUCUCAUUUACGAGCUUGUUUACAAUAAGCAAGUUACUGGCAAUGUGAUUGAGACAUCACCUUUUAAUAUCAUGAUCGGUCCCUCAGCCAAUACAUUGAUUCUUAUGGGAGCACGUUUUGUACCUUGCAUGCAUGAAACCUCCAGUUACCCGGUAGAUGGCGCAUUCCAAUGUCCCAACAUGACUGACGUUGGCCAAAGUGGCACAAGCGCACCUGUUUUCACUCCUACGCAAACCAACGUGACCAUCAAUGGCUCUCCAUGUACCUUACAAGAAGUCUGUGGCAUGACCCAGUUCAAGGAUCCCAGUGUACCAGAUCAAUGGUAUCGCUUUUUAUCAGCCAUCUUUUUGCAUUCGGGUGUUAUCCAUUGGCUAUGCAACAUCAUUGUUCAUCUCUCACUCGGUGCAAGUAUGGAACGAUUCAUGAAUCCUCUUCGCUAUGCCAUCGUGUGGUUGGCUUCAGGCGCUUUUGGUUUCAUCUUUGGAGGCGUGUUUACACCCGUGGGCAAUGCUUCAAUGGGAUGUUCAGGUGCUCUCUUUGGCAUUGUUGCAUUGUUGUUUAUCGAUCUCUUUACCAAGUGGAAGGUUGUCUUACAUCCAGCAUGGGAAUUGACCAAGCUCAUCUUUUUGAUCCUGAUUAGUUUUGUCUUUGGAUUACUACCUGGCUUGGAUAAUUUUGCCCAUAUUGGUGGAUUUGUCGCAGGGCUCAUUUCGGGCAUUAUCUUCUUCCCUAUUCCAUCACACACCAAGACAUCUACAAUCAUUUUGUGGGUUAUUCGACUUGUACUUUUGGCUGGUUUAGCAGGCAUGUUUUAUGGCAUGAUCAACCUAUUCUACAGUGGACGUAGCUCGGAAGACAUCUGUUCCUGGUGCAAAUACCUUGCAUGUUUACCCAUCAACAACAUGUGUGAUGCAUAUCAUACCUCAUAG